AUGAAGGCAAUAACGACAGGGAUAUAUGGCUUGGAAAAACUUAAUCCAAUUUUGGGUUUCGUCUCAUUUCUUCAAUUCUUCGCUGCUGCUGCUCCUGCUGCUGCUUCUUUUUCUUCAUGCCACUACCUGUGUAGCCACGUUCAACAUCGACCGAAUGAACAAAAUGGAAAAACUGGAAAAGCUAACUUUUUUUCUUCAUACAGAGGAAUUGUCGGGACUUGGUUGAGAACUUUAGACCAGAAGACUUUGACUCAAUAUUUGAAAAGUUUGAAUAUAAACAUUCAUAACGUGGUGAUGAAAUUGAGCUUUCAUGGAGUGACUAAAACUUCUGCAUCAUGGCACGAAACAAAUGCCAUUGGCAACCCAACGGAUGUACGAAAUUUUGAGAAUAAAAAGAAAUUGCUGUUGAAACGAUGCCAAAAUACAAGAUUAUGUAACGAAACUUGA